AGCUGAGCCCGGGGGCGGGGGCGCGUGCCGCCGGCGCGGGGGAGGGGCGGGCCGCCCGCGCGCGCCGCGCCGCGCCUCGCCCAGGGCUCGCGGGGACCCGGGGGGCGCGUGUGCCGCGGCGCGAGAGGCGAAGCGCGGGGCGGCGCGGCGGGGCCCCUCCCCCGCUGCAGCCUGGCGCGCGCCGGCCGGGCCGCACCGCUGCGGGCUCGGCGCGCGCGGGCCAUGUCCGCCUUCUGCCUGGGCUUGGCCGGCCGAGCUUCAGCACCCGCCGAGCCGGACAGCGCCUGCUGCAUGGAGCUGCCCGCUGGGGCCGGGGACACAGUCCGGAGUCCCGCCGCCGCCACCGCCGCCCUCGUCUCCUUCCCCGGGGGUCCCGGGGAACUGGAACUGGCCUUAGAGGAGGAGCUGGCGUUGCUGGCGGCCGGGGAGCGGCCGUCCGACCCCGGGGAGCAUCCUCAGGAGGAGCCGGAGUCUCCGGUUGAGGGGCACGGACUGUCGCCACUGCCUACCCAGGAUCCCGAGCUGCUGUCGGUGAUCCGACAGAAGGAGAAGGAUCUGGUGUUGGCGGCCCGGCUAGGCAAGGCGCUGCUCGAGAGAAACCAGGACAUGAGCCGGCAGUACGAGCAGAUGCACAAGGAGCUGACGGACAAGCUGGAGCACCUAGAACAAGAGAAGCACGAACUGAGAAGGCGAUUUGAGAACCGGGAAGGGGAGUGGGAAGGCCGUGUGUCUGAGCUGGAGACUGAUGUGAAGCAGCUGCAGGAUGAGCUGGAGAGGCAGCAGGUCCACCUUCGGGAAGCCGAUCGGGAAAAAACGCGAGCUGUCCAGGAACUGUCAGAACAGAACCAAAGGCUAUUGGAUCAACUCAGCAGGGCAUCUGAAGUUGAGAAACAGCUCUCCAUGCAGGUCCACGCCCUCAGAGAAGACUUCCGGGAGAAAAAUUCAUCCACCAACCAGCAUAUCAUCCGGCUGGAGAGCCUUCAGGCCGAGAUCAAGAUGCUGUCGGACCGAAAACGGGAGCUGGAGCUUCGGCUCAGUGCCACCUUAGAGGAGAAUGACCUGCUUCAGGGGACUGUGGAGGAGCUGCAGGACCGCGUGCUGAUCCUAGAAAGGCAGGGCCAUGACAAAGACCUCCAGCUUCACCAAAGCCAGCUGGAGCUCCAGGAGGUCCGGCUGUCCUGCCGGCAGCUGCAGGGCAAGGUGGAGGAGCUGACAGAGGAAAGGAGCCUGCAGAGCUCUGCAGCGACCAGCACGUCCCUGCUGUCAGAGAUCGAGCAGAGCAUGGAGGCCGAGGAGCUGGAGCAGGAGAGAGAGCAGCUGAGGCUGCAGCUCUGGGAAGCCUACUGCCAGGUCCGCUAUCUCUGCUCACACCUGCGAGGGAAUGACAGCGCCGAUUCAGCCGUGUCCACAGACUCCUCCAUGGAUGAGUCCUCAGAGACCUCGUCCGCCAAGGACGUGCCUGCCGGCAGCCUGCGCACUGCCCUCAGCGAGCUCAAGAGACUCAUCCAGAGCAUCGUGGACGGCAUGGAGCCCACGGGCACCCGGAGGAUGGAUGACGAGUCCUUAGAAGAACAAAUAAGGCAGACCAGUGAGGACUCAAGAGCCCUGAGGGAGCUCAUGGAGGGAGAGAGGGGUAAACUGAGGCAGAGCCUAGAAGAGCUGCAGCAACUCCACAGUCAGGUGACACUGCUGAGCGCGGAGAUGACUGCACUGAAGGAAGAAAGGGACCGACUCAGAGUGACAUCUGAGGACAAGGAACCAAAGGAGCAGCUUCAGAAGGCCAUCAGGGACCGGGACGAGGCCAUUGCAAAGAAGAACGCUGUGGAGCUGGAACUCGCCAAGUGCAAGAUGGACAUGAUGUCUCUGAACAGCCAGCUACUGGACGCCAUUCAGCAGAAACUGAACCUCUCCCAGCAGCUAGAGGCUUGGCAGUUUGCUUCCUCAGGGCUUUUCACUAUCUGGCUCCUUUGGUUUCUGAUCUAGUGGCCUUUCUCAGUUCCUGUGCCAACAGCUUUAGUUGUACACCCCUCCUGCCUUUGAGGUGAGAUUGAGCCUUGUGUCCAUUCAUCUGUUGUCCUCUGCCAUCUGUCCCGCAUCUGCCAUCUCCCCGUGGCCCACUGUGUUGUGUGCCGGAGCCUAGCCUCAUCUCUGUGCCAUCGAGUCCCAGCCUCCUCCUGUUACCGCAGCACGGCAGACUGAUGCCGCCUUAUCACAGAUGGGUUUUCACCACAGGAAUAGCUCAGCACAGGAUCAGGACCAGCUCUGUAUAUGAGCGCGUGCAUGGGUAAAGUUCCAAGGAGCUGUGCUCCCUGGAGUCCCCUGACGGACUUGGUUAUUUAAUGUAUAAGAGUGCAGUUUAAGUGACCGUGCCAGAGUGACAGGCAGGCAGCGUCAAGAGGACUUUUCCUGAAGCUCCAGGACUUGUCCCUUUGGCUUUGAACAGUGUACUGCAUGGAGCUGUCCUAAGUGCCGUAGAGCAGGGGGCUGAGAGUGCGCGUGAGGCUCUCCAGAAGUAGAAGCCAUGUGCUGGCAAAAGUGACACAGGGUCUAAUCUCAGAGGCGGAUAGAAAAUGGAGCUGGCAAGGGAAAGAGGAGGAGGAGGAAAGCCAGGGAGGGGUCGAAUGUGAUGGAGGAGCAGGAUGGGAAGGAGAAGGGGGGUACAGCCGUGUGCUCGCUGCCUGGGGAGGGGUCAGGAAGGUCCUCUGGUUUCACUAGGAGACCUUCAAAGAUACUUGAGUGGUGCGCGCAGAGCGGAGCCUGUGUGCAGCAGGGGUGAGGUAUCCAGGGUCUGCCCUCCCUCCGCUCACCAGUGCCUACCCGAGCCACACAGCCCAGUCUGUCCAUGCUGCAGGGAGCCACCUAACCUGCCUCACCCACCCGCCCAUGUGCUUGGACUCAAGCAGCUGAGUCCCUGUGGGUUUCUUAGGGUCACAGCUAGGUGAAAAGCUGAAGGAGACAAGAAGGUGGUGGCUGUGUGCUGGGGUGAUCACCGGGGCUCCUUGCAGAUGGGAGUGGCAGAGCCAUUGUCAGGUAGCUGCUUCUAGUCCAGUGACAAGAGGGAACUAUUCCACGGCUGCUCCUCUGCAAGCCGCCUUCUCUACGGUUGCUUUUCCUAGGCAGCCAGCUAGUUAGAAAGGUAAGGUCCUUGUAAUAGACUGAAGUUAGAAAAAGACGGCAUUGCUCGUAGCUUUAGCUGUGAGAGCUUGGUCAUGGGGCUCAUCCCAAGCAGAGUGGCUGUGGCUGGGGUGGGCACAGGCUUACUCUGGGAGGGAUUGAAGGGGAAAUUAGGACACAGAUAACCCUGGGCAGACCAUUGGGCUACGGAACUCACAAGCCAAGAUCACUCUGGGCUGAGGAUGCAGUUGCAAGCCAGACAGCAGGCAGGUGGGUACCAAGGCAGCGGGUCAACUAGUGUGGGGCUGCACUGGUUUGUAGGCCUAAAGGACGGAUGGCACUGGCCCUGAGGCUGCGCACUAGCUACAUGGCGCCAUAUGUGUCCUGGCAUGGUGCCAACACCCACCACUGUCUCCGCAAACUACAGUGCUUCCUCACCUCAUCCCCCAUCUUCACCGCUGCCUACAUUUGUCACCUCACUGUCCAGCCCCAGGACCAGGUGAGAGCAGCUGCUCACCCCACCUCC